AAAUAAAUCCUGCAAGUAUGAUAAAACCCGCAAAAAAUACAGGAUUUAGCUUUUAAAUCUCGAAAAGACCAUAGAUCCGGAUUUAGUGGCCAAUGCAAACAUAAUUUAGUGAACUUCUUUAGUGAACCCCGUGAUGUGCGGUAAAAUCGUCCUAUAAAAGUCGACUGUCGAGACUUUUUGCACUUAUAAAGUCGACUUUUUAUAUAUAUUCAAUUAGCCUUUGUAAUACAACAUGAUUAAUAAAUAAAUACGAUUCGUGAGACUUAUUUAUUUCGACAUAACUUCUCCAUACAGAGUUUGAUGGAGUUAAUAUAAAACAAGAAUAAAGGAUAUUCCCAUCAUAUUCAGUGCCAGCCUAUCUUGUGAACUCACCUCCCCGCAGUGUCACCCGGGGCCGGGGUAGCUGUCUUUAACACCCGGUAAAUGUAGAAAGCUGAACCACAUGUUCUUUUUUUUUUUAAUCCACGUUUUGAUAGAUGGCAGCCAUUCAUCUUGCGUGGUGGACGCACGAAUCGGUUUAUUACCUUAUUGCGGCAAAGUGUUCUGACAUUGCACGGACGCUGGACGAUUGGAUUGGAUAGCGUAGUGUGUCCCAUAUACAAAAAAGGAGACAAGACAAUAAAUACCAACUUCUUCGCUUCGCAUGCUAACACACGUUCCUCAGAUACAAUACUAAACGAGGUUUCAGACAGGAAGAGAGCUAAUCUUUUGAUUUCCUUUAAUAUCCACCUGGAGAAGAUUAUACGAGAUGUGGUGAGAGGUAACAAAGGUUGGCAGACUACUCACAAGGGAACACAUCGUGCUUGCCUAUGCAGAAAACAAUAUUAUGACUUUAUUGGAAGCAAUAACUGCAGCCUUCGGAAAGAUCGCAGAAAAAGUCAAUUUUAAUAGAUCUGCGCUUGGAAUUUUAUUCAGAGUUUUAUCAUAGCCAACUAACUUGUACUGCUCAGCCAGGACACUAUUUAACUGAAAUUGGGCUUGGAUUUCAACUUGUAUGCCAGUUUUCGGACUAUGGAGUUGCAUUUAUGAUAAAAAGAUUCUACGAAGGCAUACUUUUUAAGGCAAAGUUAAAUGUUUGAAUAGUUCAAAGUAUUGUUUUAUGCACAGAGUUGAGAUGUUGGAAGUUUGCCAAAAAAAGCACAUGUUUCUCGGUUUGGGCCUCUUGGUCGCUGUAACAAUAUUUGUUCUCAUACUGGAGUCCCGUUUAGAUAUUAGCGGCCCAACACGAAAAGGAAAAGAUCAAUUUGUUAUAGAAAAUAAUUCUACUUGCUGGUUGCGCGAACCUGUUACCGUGGUUCAAGAAUGUCAUAAAUGUUCCGAAUUCGAUAUCGUAAGUCGAAGUCUAGGCGUCUGUGUCCACACCAAGUAUAAGGAGAUAUUGCGGUGUCAAAGUGGUGAAAUUGUAAUAAAGAGUUGCGAUAGAAUAGCUCUAAUAGACCAAAAGAACUUUAUACAUUUCGAAGUUUGGUGCUUUGUUUUUGGUCUUUUAAGCUACUUAGUGUCAUAUGCCAGGGACAGAAUAUUAUCAAGAAAGACACACCAGAGGUUGGAGCGACAAUUAAAUCGUGCGACAUGAGAACAAUCUUGUGAAACGGUUAUAUAUUUUAUUAAAAUAACCUUCAGUUAAUCAAUUUAUACAUUUAAUUGUGUUAUUAAGUAAUGCAGACAAAUUAUAAAUAAAAUGGAAUGUUUUUAUAACAAAAUACAA